AUGCCUCCGCUCAAGACCAUGGAUCCUACCUUCAUGGAGUCGGAAUGGUGGGUUUUCAAGCAAUUGUUCGACAAGGGCGCCGUCUACCAGGGACAUCGUGUCAUGCCUUACUCGACAGCUCUGACGACUGCGCUGAGCAACUUUGAGGCCAACCAAAACUACCAAGAUGUCAGCGAUCCUGCCAUUGUCAUCGCCUUUCCCCUGCGGGACGAUCCCGAGACCAACUUGCUGGCUUGGACGACCACUCCAUGGACCUUGCCAUCCCACCUUGGCCUGGCCGCCCACCCUGACUUUGAGUACAUCAAAAUUGUCGACGAGAAGUCUGGUAAGAAGUACAUCCUGCUCGAGAAGCUCCUCGGCACUUUGUACAAGGAUGUCAAGAAGGCAAAGUUCAAAAUCCUCGAAAAGAUCAAGGGCAAGGACAUGCUGGGCUGGAAGUACGAACCCCCUUUCAACUACUUCUAUGAGGAGUAUAAGGACGUCGCGUUUCAGGUUCUGAAUGCCACCUAUGUCACUGAUGACAGCGGUACGGGUAUUGUUCACCAGGCGCCCGCUUUCGGUGAGGACGACUACAACGUCGCCCUGGCCGCUGGCAUUGUCACGGAGAGUAGACCUCCUCCCGAUCCGAUAGACGACGGCGGUCACUUCACUGGCCGCGUUUCUGACUUUGUCGGCAUGCACGUCAAGGAGGCCGACAAGCACAUCAUCAAGCACCUGAAAACUGCCGGAAAAAUCGUGGUUGAUUCUACGCUCAAGCACUCGUACCCAAUGUGCUACCGAUCCGACACCCCCCUCAUCUACCGCGCUGUUCCGUCCUGGUUCGUUCGCAUCCCUGAGAUCAUCCCUCAGAUGCUGGAGAAUAUCAAGGGCUCUCACUGGGUGCCUUCUUUUGUCAAGGAGCGCCGCUUCGCCAGCUGGAUCGAGAACGCGCGCGACUGGAACGUUUCGAGAAAUCGGUACUGGGGUACACCCAUUCCUCUCUGGGUCAGCGAGGACAUGGAAGAGCGUGUGUGCAUCGGCAGCAUUGAGGAGCUGCGGGAGUUGAGCGGCUACACCGGAGACCUGACUGAUCUUCAUCGCGACAACAUUGACCACAUUACGAUCCCCAGUAAGAUGGGCAAAGGUACCCUCAGGCGCAUCGAAGAAGUCUUUGACUGCUGGUUUGAGUCCGGUAGUAUGCCGUACGCAAGUCAGCAUUACCCUUUCGAGAACGCGGACAAGUUCGAGAAGUCCUUCCCUGGUGACUUUAUUGCCGAAGGUUUGGACCAGACCAGAGGCUGGUUCUAUACCCUUCUUGUGCUUGGUACCCAUCUCUUCGGCCGUAUUCCCUUCAAAAACUGCGUUGUCAACGGCAUAGUUCUAGCGGAGGACGGAAAGAAGAUGUCAAAGCGUCUCAAGAACUAUCCGGUACCUGAUAUUGUCAUGGAUAAGUACGGCUCCGAUGCUCUGCGGCUCUAUCUCAUCAACUCGCCCGUUGUGCGUGCCGAGCCCUUGCGCUUCAAGGAGUCCGGCGUGAAGGAGGUUGUGCAAAAGGUUCUCCUGCCCCUUUGGAACAGCUACAAGUUCUUCGAGGGCCAGGUGUCCCUACUGAAGAAGGUCGAGGACAUCGACUACGCUUGGGAUCCCAAGGCCCUGACGAACAACGAGAACGUUAUGGAUCGUUGGAUCUUGGCCAGUUGCCAAAGUCUGUUGCAGUUCGUCAACGAGGAGAUGAGCGCAUACCGUCUCUAUACUGUCGUCCCUCGCCUGCUCGGCCUCAUUGAGAAUACCACAAACUGGUACAUUAAGCUGAACAGGAGACGCCUCAAAGGCGAGAAUGGCGUCGAGGACACGCAGCAUGCGCUCAACACCUUGUUCGAGGUUCUUUUCACGCUGUGCCGUGGCCUUGCCCCUUUCACCCCUUUCAUCACCGACACCAUCUACCAGAAGCUGCGCCCCUUCAUUCCCAAGGAGGCCGAGGCCGAAGAUGCGCGAAGCGUCCACUUUUUGCCGUUCCCCGAAGUACGACAAGAGCUGUUUGACGAAGUUGUUGAACGUAGAGUCGGCAGAAUGCAGAGAGUCAUCGACCUGGUCCGGGUCUCCCGUGAAAGAAGGUCUGUUGGUCUCAAGACGCCCCUGAAGACCCUUGUGGUCAUCCACCGUGACCCACAGUACCUCGAAGAUCUCGAAUCUCUCUCAUCCUACAUCAGAGAAGAGAUGAACAUCAGAGACCUGGUGCUUACUUCUGACGAGGCCAAGUACAAUGUCCAGUACAGUGUGACUGCAGACUGGCCAGUGCUGGGUAAGAAGCUCAAGAAGGACAUGGCGCGCGUCAAAAAGGCACUUCCGACGCUCAGUAGCGACGCUGUCAAGGAGUACUCGGAGAAGAAGGAAAUCCUGGUCGACGGAAUCAAGCUGGAGGAGGGCGACCUUGUGGUGAGGCGCGGGCUGAAGGAGGACGAGUCUUCUAAGAACCUGGAGACGAACUCUGACAACGACGUGCUCACUAUACUGGAUGCGGAGCUGUAUGUUGAGCUCGCGCACGAAGGUCUCGCCCGGGAGAUCAUCAACCGUGUGCAGCGCCUGAGAAAGAAGGCUCAGCUCCAGCCUACAGAUGACAUCAAGAUGGAGUACAAGGUCAUCAGCGACCCUGACAACAUUGGCCUCGAGGAAGUGUUCGUGUCUCAAACCAAGGCCAUCGAGAAGGCUUUGCGGAGACCGGUCGACAAGCACGACGUCACCAAGUUGGAGGGCGAGAUCUCGACGAAGCAGCAAAAGGGAUUGAUUAUGGAGGAGGAGCAGGAAGUGCAGCACGCGACAUUCUUGCUUCGCCUGCUCGAGUUGUAG